AUGCCUUUCAGCAUCACAGCAUCCGAUCACUCUGAUGCCGGUGGCACCUGUGGUGACAAUUCGGAAUUCCAAGACGAUGACAUACCCUCCCUCUUGCCUUCCGAAUCUGAAGAUCCGGGCCAGGACUCGGACGUCGAGGUCGUGAAGAGCCGGCCACAGCGCUCACCAUAUGCGAGCGAUAUAAUUGCCCUCCGAUUCAGCCCCAGUCAAACACUUCGCAUCCCUCGUCAGUUCCUAGAGAAAACCCCACUUGCCGAUCGUCUCGUACGAUGCUAUCCGCCCAACGAGAUAGACCUGGGAUCCAUCCAGUUCGAGGCCGGCCAUGUCAUCGUGAACUUUCUCGUGACGGGAAAAUACCAGUGCCUCGAGCCGUGGGGAACCACUGCUGCCGGAAAGAACUCGUCCGAGUUUAGAACCGCCCUUCGCGUGUACAUGGCUGCCGAAUCUUUCUGCCUGACAGAGCUAUUCAACGUUGCACAGGCAGAAGUCAAAAAGGUUGGAGACAAGUUGAGCUUCCCUCAGGUUGUCGACAACGUCCACUUUCUAAACCCCUUCCAUGCACACUUUCCGUGGAUCGGCGAGUACAUCCAGUCUCGCAUGGUCUCUUUUUGGGAGAGCACCACAGUCGAACAGGCGACCGAGAUGACGUCUGAUGUCCCGGGCCCUUCAAACCUACACAAGAUACUUAUCAACGGGUUAUUGAAGAUGAAGGCUUCUUCUAGCUGGCCUAGGGGGCGUGAAUCGGCCAUCAGAGAUACAAAAAGCCCGGAAGAUGGCGUUGAAGAAGACUUGGUUUUUCCCAGCCAGUUGGUGGAGAAAUUAAGGACUGCGAAUGAAAGGAUGUUCAAGUUGGCUGCGGAUCUGAAGACUGCGGGAGUCUUGAAGUCGGGUUCAAGCAGCUCGCCCAAAGAGCCGGAAAGACGACGUAUUCAACUGCCUGAGUUCACCCUCCUCCAUGAAACGCCGGACCUACCCCCAAAGAAAAGCGUGAAAGAGGUCGAGCAGGAAGCUGUCUUGGAGCAGGUCGAACUGAGAUCCCUCAAGUCCCAACUCAUCGGCAGGGAGAAAGCCGGUUUGGAGUUAUCCUGGGUCGACCAUAGACGCCUUGAAAUACUUGAACAAAAAAGCCAGAAGAGGGUUGACGUCUUGAAUGCGAAAAGAGAUUGGGAUCGGAUUGAUUCCCAACAAGGGAAGGCAGAAGCAACUUUCAAGAAUGCCAUCAGCAUCGAAGGAAUGUUUCACGAAGUUUGGCGAGACGACUCCACAAACCUGGCAAAGACAAUUUUCCUCCGGGCACUUCGCAAGAAGCAUCACUCCGAGAAACUCGAGGCGAUGGCAAAAAGGAAGGCUGCGGCUGAAGGGUAUCAAUUCCCCACCUCAGCCGAUCAAGGUCAUCAUUCGGACACAGUGGCCAGUCAAAGAAGCUCUUGUUCUUCUCUAUCUACAGGUCAGAAGACUCCCGAUUCGGAUGACGGAUCGAGUAUUAGUGACAUGUGCUUGGAACUAGAAUCUCAUCUAAGCGUGGGGAGUUGGCGCGGUUGCAGCUCGUGCAGGAUAUUUCUGAUGGAGACUAUCCAAGACAUGGUUGCUCUACCGGAAUUGGAAGUGUCUGGGGAUUAG